AUGGCGCGCAUGGGCGCCUUCCGCCGCCUGGUCACCAAGUACCGGCGCCACGUGGACUUCCUCAUCAUCUACAUCGAGGAGGCGCACCCCUCGGACGGCUGGGUCACCACGGACACCCCCUACAUCAUCCCGCAGCACCGGAGCCUGGACGACAGGGUCAGUGCGGCCCGGGUGCUGCAGCAAGGGGUGCCCGGCUGCGCCCUGGUCCUGGACACCAUGACCAACGCCAGCAGCUCCGCCUACGGCGCCUACUUCGAGCGCCUCUACGUCGUGCAGAGCGGCGUCAUCAUGUACCAGGGCGGCCGCGGCCCCGAUGGCUACCAGGUCUCAGAGCUGCGCGCCUGGCUGGAACGCUACGACCAGCAGCUGCAGGGCGCACUGGCCCGGCCGGUGUAG